AUAUAUGUACCUAAAGACCUAAGCAACUGUACGCACGUCUGGAUAAGAUGUGACAAAAUAAAAGCACCACUCAAUCCUCCAUUUGAAGGUCCUUUCAAAGUCGUCUCAAGAAAAUCUAAAUAUUUCGUGAUAGAAAAACAUGGAAACAUCGACACAGUAAGUAUUGAUAGGCUAAAGCCGGCUUAUCUAGAUCAUGAACCACCAUACGUGUUGUUAGAUCGUCUAAAUGACAAAUCCAUUACGGAAUAGAAAUGUAAGAAUGAAAAAUCUUUACAAAUGACCAAAACGGUUCGCUGGGCACAUCCGAUUAGUCAGUCAAGGAUGUUGACAGUUUCGGCUGCAGGAUAGAAUCUAACCACGUAGCUAAUCAGACCCUGCAUCUACUUAAAAAAUUUUUUUCCUCAUUCCGCCUCAUCUACAACUCCCCAGACCUUUUACCUUUGAUAUAUAAGUGUUAUGUUAAAUAUUUUUUUAAAUACUGGACACAUAAGCCAGGUAUUCCGAAACGAUGGCUGAGGAUUUUAAUCAAACUCAUACAACUAACACUGGCAAAUACAACGAAUUCAAAGAGCAACCCAGGCGAGCUUUAUAAUUUCUUUUUCUGGUUAAUUAAAUAUGUUGGCUUUACUUUUUAUAUAUCUAUAUACAUUUUUCACACAGACUGGCCACAAUUACUUAAGAAGCACUGAUUGGAGAACUUUCUUUACCUCAAACAAUACCGACACAUUAAUCAAUAUAUUUUAUCACAACAUCAAAAGUAUCAUCAACAACAUCGCACCUUUAGAAUACUGUAAACCUACGUUCUCCAAAGAUCUCUAUAUACCGGUCAGUACAAGAAGACGUCUUCAAAGACAUUGUACUCGAUUCCACAACUUAAAUGACUUUUCCUCUUUAGUAACGAUGACAGAAAUACUUGUCCGAACAGAGGCAAUAAGUAAACAAAAAGCAGUAGCACAGGAAAAACGUGCAGUUGAACUUAGUAAUAACUCCUCUGCACUCACCAUACUACUCCAAAAUAAACUUAAACGCUCUAAAUCGAGAGGGAGUAUAUUCAUUAAAGGCAAACAAGUAUACGAAGAUCCCAAACUUAUCACAGAAUUAUUUAGUGAACAUUUUUGUUUCUCACUAACUAACGAAAAACCAUUUAAUGAUUCAGAACCAAUCCCAGUAACUCCCUGUGAAAUUACAAAUGUAGAAUUCAGUGUACAAAAUAUCUCCAAGGCAAUCAGUACAUUGAAACACUCCUACACUGAUGGACCAGAUGGUAUCCCAUCUAGCAUGCUAAAACGUGGAGGUGAUGAUAUGUGUGUUUUGCUUCUCAAACUAUUCGCGAUAUCACUCUCUUCAGCGUGUUACCCUACUGCCUGGAAAACUACACAUAUCAUUCCCAAAAUUAAAACAGGACCUGAAGCAAACGUUGAAAAUUACCGGCCUAUAAACAUAACUUCAGUGGUAUCCAGAGUGAUGGAAAAAGUAGUUAAGGCGGCUGUAGUCCAACAUCUACUAACUAAUAAUCUCAUCUCGACCUCCCAGCAUGGAUUUCUUAGGUCCAGAUCAUGCGAUACAUGCCUAGUAGACUACCUGAAUGAUAUAACUCUGAAACGAGACAGCGGACUCCUUGUAUCAGUCCUAUUCCUUGACUUUAAGAAAGCCUUUGAUAAGGUCCCACACAAAAGGCUACUCGUCAAACUAAAGUCCUUCGGAAUACACAACCCACUGUACUCAUGGUUUGCUUCGUUCUUAACAGAACGUAAACAGAUGGUAAAGUACAAUGACUGUCUCUCGUCCCCUAGACCAAUCACCAGUGGAGUCAUCCAGGGAAGCGUAUUAGGUCCACUUUUGUUUCUUAUGUAUAUAAACGAUAUAUGUAACACCAUAGAAUUUGGGAAACCAUACUUAUAUGCUGAUGAUCUCAAAAUAGUAUACAGCUAUAAGCCUGAGACACUAAGCGAAAGUGUAUCCCAGAUCCAAAAGGACCUCAAUAACUUAACUAUAUGGAGUGAAAAAUGGCAAUUACCAUUUAACCUCAACAAGUGCGGGAUCAUGCACUUUGGAAAGCAUCCCUAUAAACCGCGACUUCACUUAAAUGAAUGUAGAGUCCAAACAUUCGAAUCAGUACACGAUUUAGGAAUUAAUUACACAGGAAGCCUAAACUUUGAAGAACAUGCCUCCUAUAUUAUUUCUAAAUCUAGACGGCUAAUUGGUUUUAUAAUGAAAAACUUUUUCACAACAGAGGGUAAACUUACUCUCUACAAAAUAUGUGUACGACCCUCCCUUGAAUACUGCUCUUUUGUCUUCUCUAAUAUGAAUAUCGCAGACAAGAUAAGAGUAGAAGAAGUUCAAAGACGUUUCACACGUCAACUACUAGGAUGUAACUCGAAUCUCGAUUACACAGAAAGAUGUAAGCAUCUAUCUUUAGAACCUUUAUGGCACCGUAGGCUAAAAAACAAUUUAAUAUUUCUCUACAAAGCGAUAUAUGGGCUCUCCUUUCUAACCUCCUGCCCGACUAUCACCCACGACCCAGCCUAUAGACUUAGAAACAACGCAUAUACACUACUUACCGUAAAACACCAAAAACAAAUGCGUUGUAAGUUUUUUACAGUACGGUACAGUUUAUUGUGGAACAGGCUGCCAAUGCCUAUCCGUAACUGUGAUACGUUUACCAGAUUCAAAAAGCUAAUAACCCUAUUUCUAGACUCCAAAGAGCUUCAACAUUUCCUUGAACUCCCGCCCACCAAGGAGGCACUUUAUUACGGACCGCCUAGUGUCUAGAAAGAACAAAAUUAUAACACGUUCGACUGUUACUAAUAUGAAUAUAACCAAAUCACAGAAUAUAUGGGCUAUCCUUUCCUAUUAUUCAUUGUUUAUUAAUCAUGACUUCAUGCUCCUAACCCUAGCUUUCAGUCCCCAAAUCUCUACAGGUUAAAUGUACAUUAUUCUUCCUAAAAGUCAUGCUUUUUUUUUCUACUGCAAUUAGACAGAUAGCUCAACCUUAUGGAUGCUGAUCUACUAAGGCCGAUCAUACAAAGCUCAAAAUUUGGCCACAAAGUCUUCCCCCUUGAGAUAUGGAACGAAUGACUUCAUCCUGCACCAUCCUUAAAGCCUUGGAUAUUCCAAAGGGACAUAAGGUUGCGAUUUCUAGAAGCUCAUACCUUCAAUGGACCUAUCCUUGACCACCAGUCGCACAUUUGCAACGCAACUUUCAUGAAGCGCGCUAACUGUAGAACUGCUUAAAACCAUCUACAUUCAUAUCUCAUAAAUUAUCAACCCAGCUAUGUAAUUUACUACAGUGAAUAUUGUAUCAUUUGUAUCAAUUUGAUCUUGCCUGUAAACUGGCAUGCCUCAUGUAACAAACUGUUAUUUGAGAAUAAAUCAUUAUUACUAUUAUUAUA